AUGCGCAUGCUCUUCUUCGUGCUCGCCGCGCGCUCGGGAGCCGGAGUGGCGGGGUCGGAGCUGCUGCAACGGCGCGAGUGGCCGCGAGGGGUCGUACUGGGGCUCUCCAGAGGGCGAGACCACUACGCGGUGCUCGCGGCGGCGCACGGGGCAGCUUUGAGCAGUGCAGCGCCUCAGCAGCGCCUUCAAGCAGUGCAGCGCAACGCCAGCUGCCUCUCUGGAGCUAUGCGGCGGCUGGCGGGCCUGUGCGAUGGCGCCGAUCCGUGGGCUCGGGACGCGCAGUCGGCUCGCGUGCCGGUUGCCGAGUCAGCCUGGCUGGCGAGAAGCGCCAAGGCCUUCCCUGCAUUCUGGGCGCUGCCCAGAAUGCUCUUUCUUACAGCGACGUAUAGCAACAGCUGCUGCAGCGACUGGGACGCAAGCUCAAAACCGGGCGGGCAAGUCAUCGGCCUAUCCGCUACGGAGUAUAUAGUGGCUACUGCACCGUUCUAG